AUGGCUCCCAUCGGACAGAUUUACGGCUACGUCGGCCACCCCAAGGUCAACCGAGUUCUCGGUGCUGCCGCCUACAACGGCCUCGAGGUCGAGGUUGUCGAGACCCAUGCCAUGAAGGGCGACACCAAGAAGCCCGAGUACAAGGCCCUCUUCCCUUACGGCAAGAUCCCCGGCUUCAAGGGCACCGACGGCUUCUCCCUCAUCGAGGGCAAGGCCAUUGCUCGUUACGUUGCCGGCCUUUCGGACAACACCAAGCUCCUCGGCACUGACGCCAAGUCUGCUGCCCUUGUCGACCAGUGGAUCUCCUUUGCUGACGACGAGAUCCUCAACAACGGUAUCCAGCUUAUGCUCCUCUGCAACGGCAUGAUCCCUUACAACAAGGCCGCUGAGCAGCGUCUCUGGGAGAACCUUGACCGUGCCUUCGCUUUCCUCGAGUCCGAGCUCAAAAACAAGACCUUCCUUGUUGGCCACCGCGUCACCCUUGCCGACUUGACCGUCGCUUCUGACCUUUCCUUCGCCUUUGGCCGUGUUGGUGGUGUCAACUUCCGCUCCAAGUACCCCAACAGCGUGCGAUACUUCAAGACCGUCACCAACCAGCCCAAGGUUCUCAAGAUCUUCAGCAAUUUUGCCUUUGCCGAGGAUAACAUCAAGUUCACUCCCCCCAAGAAGGAGGAAAAGCCCAAGGCUGCCGCCGCUCCCAAGACUGAGAAGCCCAAGGCUGCCCCCGCCCCCAAGGAUGACGACGAGGACGACUUGCCCAAGCCCGCUCCUAAGCCCAAGAACCCUUUGGACGACUUGCCCAAGUCUUCCUUCAAUCUUGACGAGUGGAAGCGAACCUACUCCAACGAGGACACUCGCGAGAAGGCCCUCCCCUGGUUCUUCGAGCACUUCGACCACGAGGGUUACUCCAUCGUCAAGCUCGACUACAAGUACAACGACGAGCUCCAGGCCGUUUUCCAGUCGAACAACCUCAUCGGCGGCUUCUUUGCCCGUCUUGAGGCUAGCCGCAAGUACACCAUGGGUACCUUGGGUGUCUUUGGUGAGAACAACAACAACUUGAUUUCGGGUGUUAUGAUUUGCCGUGGUAAGGACCCCAAGUCGGUAUUAGAGGUCGCUCCGGAUGUUGACUCGUACAGCAUCACUCCUUUGGAUGUUAGCAAGCCUGAGGACAAGAAGUUCUUCGAGGACAUGAUGGCUUGGGAGGCUACCAUUGAUGGUAAGGCUUUCGCUGACGGUAAGAUCAUGAAGUAA